CAUUCAAAUAGGGUUUGCUGGACCGUUUGAGAAAAGUGGUCCCUAUGUUUCGGACGUCAGCAGACAGGUAGUGCAGCUCUGGUGUAUUCACGUUCACGAUGCGACGGAGCUUCAUCAGACUUCCGCUGACUUCCAUUACUCAGUACUUUGACCGUGUCACGUCCGCUGCACCGAUCAUCCCCACUCCUCCAACCAGUCGCCGUUCAUCAACCUCGGGCGCGCCUCCUCAAAUUCGGGGCCUGGAGUUGGAUCGUGCUGUAGCACCGAUCGAUGGCUGUGAUUACAAGCACUGGCUUGUGGUUAUGGAUCCUCCGAUAAGCUACCCAUCCCGACAUCAAAUUGUCGAACGUUAUAUACAAACCCUAGCUUCCGCAUUGGGUAGUGAGGAAGAAGCGAAGAGGUCAAUAUACUCGGUUUCUACAAAGUAUUACUAUGCAUUUGGUUGCAAAAUCGAUGACAAUGUGAUUAGUAGUAUCAAAUCCAUGCCCAAUGUUAGAUGGGUUUUGCCUGAUUCUCAUAUCUGUCAUGGCAAAGAUGAUUAUGGAGGAGAACCAUUUAUUGAUGGACAUGUUGUUCCUUAUGAUGAAAUGUUCCAUGAGGAUUGGGUAAAAGAUGAAAGCAACAAUGGAUUUAGGAGGAGAAGCGGAAGGAGAUCUAGAAGGAAAGAACAAAAGAUAGAUAGCAACUGAUCUUUUUCAUUUCAUGUUUCAAAAAUACAUAGGGUGAGUGUAUUUGAUGGAAGUUUGAUGCAUGUUAUGGGAGUUGUAUAAAUUUAGUUUCAAUAAUGUAAUGGAUUUGAUUCAA